CGCCACAGAGCGGCACGUGACAGAGUUGUACCUUCAGGCAGGUUACAGAGAGCCUGCAGGUUUGGUUUCAGGAACACAGAGAGAGAACGGAUAGUUUGUGUUUACCAGCUUUAUUUUCCCCCCAGAACGGCACAUUAUAUUUAAGCUCGUAUUUAAACCGCUUACCUUUAUAACAGGGAAAAGUUUUUCCUCGCGCACUUGCUGUGUUUGUUUGUUUGAACCCUGCAGUCCCAGCCAGACUGUUGUGUGUGAAAACCCCAGGAGGAGAUCAGCAGUUUCUGAAAUACUCAAACCUCAUACUCAUCUGACUCAAACCAACACCCAUACCACAGUGAGAGAAAGUCACACUUUGAGAUCACAAUUUUUCCCGUUCUGAUGUUUGAACAUUAACUGACGCUCGUGAUUUGAUGCAUCGUGCUGCUGGCGAGGGAUCGGCUGAUUACAGAACUGCAGGAGCUCGGUAUGGUGCCGUGGAUCAGCUUUGCGUUCGCACUGAUGGCUGUCGUGUCUAAAACAGCGGCGGGGAAGCGAGAUGAAGUGCUUUACUGCUCAGCCUGCAUGGCCAUCGCCGAGGAGCUGAACUACUCCAUCAGCCAAACGGACCCGAAGAAGACCAUCCACAUCGGAGGCUUCAGACUGAAUCCUGAUGGCAGUCUCGCUGAUAAAAAGGUUCCUCUGGCUCGCUCUGAGACUCACCUGUCCGAGCUGUUGGACGGAGUUUGUAAUAACAUGAGCGAGUACGCGCUGUACGAGGACCCCGAGACUAAACAACAGAGCUACAGGAGAUUCGCACCGAGGAGCAGCGACAGUGGGAACUUUCCAGAUUUCAAAAAUUUUAAAUUCUCCGGACCUGAAGGUUCAGAAUCGUUAAAGUUUGCUUGUGAAACCAUCGUGGAGGAGCUGGAGGACGACAUCAUCACUCUGUUCGCACGGGAAGACGAGCACGUGGCCCAGAAGUUGUGUAGCGAAGUGUCAGGUCACUGUAAAAGCGCCGUGUUCCAGCACACUGAGCUGUGAUUUAACGCUGACGGAAUACCGGAAUACCUCGGAGAACCGCACCGAUGGACCAGAUCUGAAAAUAAACCAACAAAGACCAGUGUAAAGUGUUUUAUAUGGAUCUAUGACACUGAAUAAUACUACUACUACUACUAAUAAUAAUAAUAAUAAUAAUAAUAAUGUUUUGAUAAAGAAUAAAAGUGUUUUAAACAAA